AUGGGUUCUUUAAUUGACAUGUUUGGGGCGCGUGAUGAAUCUGAAAUUCGUGGAAAAGUUUUAUAUAUCCUUUCAUCCCCUGCUUAUCAAGAGUUGUAUAGUCCAGAUCAACAAAUCAAAGCAUCAAUGGGGCUUACUUCUGAUGUUAGAAAAAUGGAUUUGUUCUUACGAAUGGGUGAACUUCAACAUCAAAAUAUAGUGUGGAUGAUUGUCAAUGACAUGUUUCCAAUUUCUGCAUUUUCUGCAUCAUUUCUGCACAGUUUCUGCAUCAUUUUUGCACAAGCAGAAAUUGACCGAGGAGCAGCAUCGCUUCUCACAGCGGCGGUUUCCUAUUCACCACGAGUCAACAGUUUGACCUACCCAGUUCAAUCAAUGGCAAGAAACUUUGACUGGAUCAACCUCAUGGCAUAUGACUUCUAUGCACCAAAUCGGUUACCAUCACAAACCAAUUCACAUGCACAACUAUUUGACCCCGUAAACCAUGUUAGUGGAAGUGAUGGAAUUACUGCAUGGAUUCAAGCUGGCGUUCCAACACGAAAAUUGGUUCUUGGAAUUCCAUUUUAUGGCUAUGCAUGGCAAUUGGUUAACGCGAAUAGUCAUGGCCUUAGGGCGCCUGCUUCAGGAAAAUCAAGUGUUAGUCCGAACAGUGAUGGAACGAUGACUUAUAGCCAAAUUCGAAAUUAUAUAGUGCAGAGUCGCGCCACGCCUGUGUAUGAUGCAACCAUUGUUGGAGAUUAUUGUUACUCUGGAAAUACUUGGAUUGGUUAUGAUGAUACUCAAAGUGUUAGAAAUAAGAUUACUUAUGUUAAAGGUAGAGGAUUGCUUGGUUACUUUGCAUGGCACAUUGCACAAGAUCAAAAUUGGGUACUUUCUCGAACAGCUUCACAAACAUGGGGAGCCUCAUCUUAAGCUAUGAAAUGAUGGAAUAUAAUUGUCUUUAUCGAGUAUACUAUUAAUAAAUAAUAAGGUGACAUAUUGAACCAUGUAUAAAAUA